GAAUGAACAUGCGGUCACACUGGUCUUCACAAAAAAAAAAACACGGCCGCCGCAGCCGCAAUAAUAAAAUUUUUAAAAAAAUCGGUUGCAACGGUUAAAUGCACAAUUAGUGUUUCGAGCAUAAAAGUGUUCUUCCGCUGAAAAUUCGCCAAAAAUAGAGCCCGCCAAUCGAGUGUUUCAAAUAUUGUGCAAGCAUCUACACAGGAGAAAAGAGAAAAGUGCAUUAAGGCUGCUGCUGGCGCGGUCGCUGUUGCAGGCCCAGAGUCAAUUCCGAUUUUCUUUCGACCAAAUCGUGUUCGUAGCAGAAGGAAGCCAACGCAACGAACGGUGGUUGUGUGAUAGAAACCAGUUAAACCUAACGAAAUUCAAGCGAGGAAAGAGCUAUAACUAACCGACACAAUGGGUCUCAAAGGCUGCUGUUCGUGCGUCAAAUAUCUGAUGGUCCUUAUAAACAUUUUAUUUUGGCUCAUCGGACUGAGCAUCGUGAUCACAUCCGUAUGGAUGCUGACGGAUCCCACAUUUAUGCUGUCGAUGACACAAUCCUAUAAUCACUAUCAUAUAGCACUCUACGUUUUUCUGGGCAUCGGCAUACUGAUCACUCUGGGCGCAUUCUUUGGCUGCUGGGGCGUUUGUCGAGAGUCGCAGUGUCUGCUGGUAUCGUUCUUCUGUGUGAUACUUAUUGUGAUGGUGGCACAAAUCGCAGCUGGUGCCUGGGCCUUCCACAACAAAGACAAACUGGACGACAUUGUGCGGGCGGCGGUGAAAUCUUCGGUGCAGGAGGAGUACGGCCAGUCCACCAUGAGUUCCCGCACGGUAACCUUUGAUACGCUGCAGAAGAAUUUGAAGUGCUGCGGUGCGGAUGGACCUGGGGACUGGGCAACGAGUCGCUUCAAUAAUGUGGAUCGCACUAAUAUUGUGGAAAUCGCCGUGUCUUCCAUGAACGUCUUCUACAACAUACCCGAGUCCUGCUGCAAGGAGAACCUCAAGGACAAUGAAUGCGAAUUGUCCCGCCGCUUAAAGUUUGGUGGCCCCUUGAAUACGGCCAUCUACCAGCAGGGCUGCGUUGAUAAACUGAUUGAGAUCAUUUACGAGAAUUGGGUCACCAUUUUCGCCAUCACUGCUGCCGUCAUACUGCUGGAGCUGCUGUCGCUGACCUUUGCCCUGAGCCUGUGCUGUGCGGUGAGGAAUCAGCACUACAAGGCCUGAGAAUUACAGAACUCCCAUAGGGAAAUUACAGACGAUGAGAAGUACUAACAAACCAAAUCGAAACGUAUGCAUAGCAAGCAUUACUGAGAGGACAUGCGAAUGCAAAUGGGAAUGGGGGGAAACGUGUGCAUUUAGCUGAAACUUCAAGGCAAAACGAGGAUAAUGUCCGUUGUUCCCUGGUCAAUACUUUAACAACAACACAAUUUUGUAGUACUUUUAACAACAAGAAGAGCAGCAAGCGUGAAGCUAAUGGAGCAAUUUGAAUUUGUAUUUGAGGUGGAGCGGUGACACCUUUAGGAGUUUGUGACGCAACGUUUUUGAUGCACAAACCAUACAGAGUCACACCGAUAGACAACAUCCACUUUAUAAGAUCUUGAUAUGCAAAACAAAACAAAAGAACACAUACACUUUUCUAACCAAAUAUUUCUACAACAAGAAAACACAAACACAGAGAGUAAACUUUAUACAAUACAUGUACGAACCGCAUAAAGCAGCAGCUCCAUAAUAUUUAGCAUAAUGGAAAAGUUUUCGAAUUCAUAGAUACAUACAAUACAUGCUAUAUAUUAAAUAUAUAGAGCAAACGUAAGCACAAAGUAUAAUGUUAAUUGCCAAAAUCUAAACAAAACAAAAAUGAAAAGCAAUCAAAUUUCGUUUAAAAUUUGUUUCUCCCAAUAAGACUUUCGAUUACCAAUUAAGUUGAUUUGUGGCCAUUUUUGUAUGCUAUUAUGCUAAAGCAAAGCCAAAUUAUAUAAGUAUAUACAUCUACAUACAUACAUCUAUAUAUAGUAGUGUCAGUAGUAUGUAUAUAUGUAUGACGACAGCAUUCCACAAGAAUGAGAAUGAUUGACAGAUUUUUGUUCUGGUUAAAGACGCAUUGCCAUCCAAAGACCCAGCCCAAAACAUAUAUUCAAAUCAUUUUUUUAUCUUGUGCAAAAUGUUGUUCAAGAAACAUGACCCAAAUAACCCCCUAAUUCGAUUCGUUGAGCUUCACGAAAUUAAAUGCCAAAUAUCUUAUGUAUUUACAAAAUUGUAUUUUUUAGUUAGUUGGUCAAAAGCGAAAUUUAAGAAAAUAAUCAGUAAAUGUGGGCCGUUCGGUUGACUAAGAGCCGCUCUGUAAAAAGUUAUUUUUUUGAUUUAAGGUUGAUAUUUUGUAUUGAUUUGGAACAGCCCUAAUUGGCGAACAAUUUUCCUCUUCAAGACUAACCAAAGCUAUCCAAAAUUAGUUUCAGUUAUACCAUUGUAAGGGAAGCUAAAUAGAGCUCUGUACCUUUUGAUAUAACGUUGAAUUUUGGCCAUUCUCGAAACCACGCCCACACACGUACACUCGAAACGAAUUUUGUAUAAUCCAUCUUACCUGCAUCGAAAUGAAUAUUAUUAUUUACGAAUCAUUGUGUAAGUGCAACUAUUUAUAUGUAUGAGUAAAAUCAAGAGAGCAACACAACCACACAAAAUGUUAAAUGGAAAGUACACACAAAUCGAAACGAAAAUCUCUAUAUAUUUACAUUGUAUUUUUACCAUACACCGUAAACUAAUUCAAUGAUAGUAUACGUAUAUUUUUUGUACAAUUUUCAUUUUAUUGUUGUUAAAUGUAUGUGAAUUUUGUUGUUAGUUAAGCGUAGCCUGAGCGUCACACUUUGUACCCCCUCACAGCGUUUAAAUAAAUCAAAUCUACAAGAACCCAUCCAAGGACAAAAUUAUAUUAAAUUUACAAAGAUGAAGCAAAAACAAAAACCAAUAUUAAGUAAAUAAAUCUAUAUUGUAUUUAAAUGUACACCUUAAAGUAAAUUAUUUAUUGAAUAUUUCUUAGUAAGUUAGUAGUUAUGUGCGGAAUUUCAUUGGAGUUAAAUCAAAUCAUGAGAAAGGUUUUAGACUAAGUCAGAAAUUUCACAAAUGAAGGCAAACGAGGCAAAAGUUCAUGUGUUGGAUCUGUAGCAAACCAUUAAAAUAUCUAGGCAAUAAGUCCCCUAAGAAUAUAAUUAAUUCUAAUUGAUUGUAGCGAAAUAUUUAAUGCACUAUAAACUUCAUCAGGCAUCUCAAAUCAAAACAAAAUGUAGUACAUACCCAGAAGCCAUACCAUGUUCAUUCUAACCGAAAAAAGGCAACAAUCAAUUCAGCAUCUUGAAAGCAUAUGGAAACUACAUAAAUACAUACAAUGCAUAAAUGCACAUUCAGCAAGACAUGAAAUAAGCAAAAGUCAGUGACAGAAAUAAAGCAAUAUAAACGAUG